AAACCCCGCCUCGCCCGCGCGUUCUCGCCCUGCCACAAAACCUUCGCGUCCGGGGGCUGCUGCGCGUGGUGCUCGGGAGGGGCGCCCUCUUCUCUCGCCCUCUUCUCUCGCCCAGAGCCCGAGACUCGUUAACUCGGCAGGGGAUGCGAGGGAGCAAGACACCCACACACCACUACACACCACCACCACCACACACCACCACCACCACAUUCUCCCACGAGCCGGGCCGGAGUCUUGCGCUUGUAGCCGGGUGGGGGGCUCCGGUGGCGGUGCGCGGCACCCCCAGUUGUGAAAUCCGGAGCGAGAAGGAAGCCCGUAAAAUCGGGGGGGGGGACACGCGGGAGAAGGUUUGCGUCGCUCCCAGACCACCAACCACCCACCACCCGCUCCGAACAACAAACAGCAUGAGACUGCCCAUUCCGGCGGUGGCGCUGAGCCUCCUGGCCUGCUCCCUGCUGCUGCUGCUGCCGCCCUCCCCAGCCAGGGCCUGCAACAAGGUGCUGUGCGCCAGUGAUGUGAGCAAGUGCCUCCUGCAGGAGCUGUGCCAGUGCAAGCCGGCGCUGGGAAACUGCUCGUGCUGCCGCGAGUGCAUGCUGUGUCUGUCCACCAUGUGGGACGACUGCUGCGACUGCGUGGGCAUGUGCAAACCACGCAACAAGACGGACUCGCACCCGACGGCCAAGAGCUCCGUUGAGGAGCUCUCCGAUCCCAUCCCGUCACUAUUCCGCGCGCUGACGGAGCGCGAGACGACGCUCAACUGGAACGUGCGCUCCUUCCCCGUGGCCGAGGAGCUGUCGCACGCGCACCACCUGCUCCUGCACGGAGACACCGGGACGUGGCUCACGUCGUCGGCGCCCAACUGCACCGUCGUCUUCUUCAACGAGUGCCUCUCCAUCAACAAGUGCCGCAUGUCGUGCGAGUCCGUGGGCGCCUCCAAGUAUCGCUGGUUCCACAACGCGUGCUGUGAGUGUGUGGGGCCCGAGUGCCUGGACUAUGGCAGCAAGCACGCCCAGUGCCUCAACUGCAUGGUGUGAGAUCGGGUCACGGAGUUACUGGGCUUCCGGGGGGGUCAUGAAAAGCAUGGGGCCAGCCAGGGCCAGUGUGUCAGGAGGCCCAAGAUGAGACGAGGUUAAGUUGUUUUUAGAGUUUUCAAAGUGCACCUAUGUAUAGGUUUGUAGUUCUGGCAUGAUUAUCUGACGUUUCACUACACAUCUUGGGAGACUGUUUAGUUCCUGAAGAAACUCCCCAGGACGUGGAGUAAAAUCCCACCAGGGAGCUGAACAUAUCUCCGUUAGAUUUUGCCCAAUAAAUGCAAAGCUUAGGUUUGGCAAUGAGAGAGCCAGGGGUUCAGAACUGAGAGGGCGUAUACGUGGUAUGAUUAGCGCCAAUCGCCAUCCACUGCAGAUAGCGCUGGGAGGACUGUUAGGAACCAGAGCAUAUUCUGAAGCCCCAGUUUGACACCCUUGUGGGCAUCGGUAUGGAGACUUUUGGCCGGGUCACAAGGCUGCAACAAUGUCGUUGGAAAUGUUAAAAGUUUCCAGAGACUGUUUUUACAGGGUUGUCCCUUCAAACAGCAAGUGCUAAAAAGAGAAUCCGGUUAACUAAAAGUAGGGUUUUAAAUCUGAUUUGUAGCCUUACCUAAAUUAAGAAAUGCUUUUAGCUGAAACUUAACCGUGCAUUUGGCAGAUGCCUGUUGGCACUGCACACAAUUCACAUCACCGUGAAGGAAAGCUUCUUGCAUAACCGGUACUUUUGCUUCAUGUUAAGUUUGAAAUUCUUUUUUUAUAUAUUUAGAUUUUUUGCUGUUUUUAAAACAAUCUAAUACUUGUUUACAUAACUCAUAAGACGAUUUGUUUGCCGUCGUGUUGCUCUUUCACUUGCAUUAAACACUUUUUAUUUUUAGGAAAGGCAAUCACCCCGUACGAGCAUCAGCGAUUGUUUCUUUGAAUGUCUGUGGCCGCCAUUCAAGAACAAAAAAAUCUGUCCCAUUGGGAGUUGUUCACAACAGGGGGUUGUGGACUUAUUCCAAAGUUGACACGUGGAAAUUGUGAAAACACUCACCCCGUUUAAUGCAUAAGCUCGGUCAGGUUGAUGCCACCGAUUUCCAAGUGGAGAGGACCUCGUUGCCGGAGACGUCCCAAAACAAUUAUGAUGAUUUACCCAACUAGUUUCCCCCAGGUCUCAAGACUUUCAGGAGGGUCCUAGCCAAGCUUUCAGCAUUGGAAUGUUUGGCCAAUACCAAUUACGUUGUAAAUGUUUGUUUGGCUAUGGGAGGGAGGCCAGAGAACCCAGAGGAAACCCCCACACAAAACACGGGGAGAACAUAUAAACUCCACACACAAAGGCACCCGAGCCAGGAAUCGAACCCAAACCCUUCUUUGUCUGCGGCACACAAGUGCCCUCCCUCCCAUGCAAAUUUGUACCUCCUACCCCCCCCCCUGCCAGCAAGUGCAGUUGGUUUGGUCCAAUGUCCCCCCUCCCUCUCUCUGCUCUGGAGCUCACUUCCUAGGUUGCCAUGCCAACCACUGUGGCCGUUACUGGAGGCAUGUGGGCGAGUCGCCCGCCGUAUCCCUGCGCGCGCGCGCGUGCGUGAUGGGGCCCGGAAAUAAUCCUUCCACUACUGCGGAGGAGAAAGAAAAAGGGCCAUUUUCGACACAGCCACUGAAACGUUUGCAGUACGGUUACACGAGGAACACAUUGAAUGCAACAGUGUACGCAACACUUAUGUUAAGUUCGUUUGUUUUAUUUGUAAGUUAAUUGUAAGUUAAAACACCUGGUUUAAUCUCAGAUCACAAAUAAUCACAAAAAAUAAAUGGCUGGGUAAAAAUCAGGUUUCACUUUUGAAAGAUAAUGAACGGGGUAAGAUGCGGUGAAAGUAAAUGGCAAGAGGGAGUUGUGUGGGAAAGAAAACACAGCAGCGGCAUCACUCAUUAACGUGAUUGAAAUGCUUAUUGUCAACGUCACAUUUAAAAUUGGUACCACUAAAAAAAA